ACAGGCAGACGGCGAUAGUUAUAACCUCCCCGCUACAGUCCCCGCCAAGAGCGCAGACCUCCAACUACACAGAUUUCGUGAGAGAACUGCUCUAUAGACCAACAGUCUCAGUCGGCCCACGAUGAGGCCCAUUCUCCUCCAAGGCCAUGAACGGUCUUUGAAUCAGAUCAAAUUCAACCGCGAUGGCGACCUCCUUUUCUCAGUAGCAAAGGACAAAGUUCUCUGUGUGUGGUUCUCGGCCAACGGAGAGCGGCUGGGAACAUACCACGGCCACCAGGGUGCCAUCUGGACGGUCGAUGUCAGUCCCAACACAGUUCUCGCGGCCACCGGGUCAGCAGACAACUCGGUGCGGCUGUGGAACAUCAAGACUGGGGAGUGCGUAAAGGUCUGGGAGUUCCCGACGGCCGUGAAGCGCGUGGAGUUUAGUCCUGAUGGAAGUCAACUUCUGGCUGUGACGGAAAAGCGGAUGGGUUACUUGGGAACGAUUGUCGUGUUGGAUAUCAGCUAUGGCGAUGGCGAGGGCAACGAUUUGAAUGAGCAGAGUGAUGAGCCGAGCUUAAAGAUCACCUGCGAGGACAGCAAGGCUACCGUUGCUGGAUGGAGCUACCUCAGCAAAUAUAUCAUUGCGGGACAUGAAGAUGGCAGCGUCAGUCAAUAUGAUGCCAAGACUGGCGAGCAACUCGAAAAUGUCCAGGCCCACGAAUUCGACUUGCAGAUCAACGACAUCCAAUUCUCUGCCGACCGCACCUACUUCAUCACCGCCUCGAAAGACAAAUCCGCCAAGAUUCUCUCAUCCCGCAACCUCGCCGUCCUCAAGAGCUUCCCCGCCGACACCCCUCUCAACACGGCCGCCUUGACGGCGAAAAAGGACUAUGUGAUCCUUGGCGGUGGCCAGGCCGCCAUGGAAGUCACGACAACAUCCGCUCGCCAGGGUAAAUUCGAGGCCCGUUUCUACCACAAGAUCUUCGAGGACGAGAUCGGACGUGUCCGCGGCCACUUCGGGCCUCUGAACACGAUCGCCGCGCAUCCAGCUGGCACAUCGUAUGCCUCUGGUGGAGAAGACGGCUACGUGCGUGUGCACCACUUUGACAAGUCAUAUUUCGACUUUAUGUAUGAGGUUGAACGGGAGCAGGCGAGACGGUAAAUGGUAAAAAUGGUAAAAUUGGGUUCAUGAAUUCGGUUUAAGACGAGAUGAGUAUUUCUAGAAGGGAAGUCCUCUAAAGAGUCAGUCCUAUUAUGCAGCAACGGAGUUGGUAUAUGUUCAUGUCAAUUAUUUAAUGAAUCAUCAAUUCAUUUCAUUCAUAACGUCAGUAUUGUGAAGAGUAGAGUUCUAGAAAUUGACA